AUGGAACAACCGGCCGAUGCUCUCCGACGCUCGAAGCGCAAGAAGUUCUUGCUCGACGUGUCGGCGUUGGGAAAGCGAGUGACGCUCCGGGACCAGGAUCUCCCGCAACGCAUCGCCACUUGCUACACACAUGAUGGCAGCAGCGAUGAGGAAGACCUUGCCAUCAUCAUGAACGCGCCGCUACCCUGUAGCAAAUGCCCAAUGAGAUUCCAGAAUCGCGCCGGCCUCAGCAAACAUUCCAAGAUGCAUAGUGAAGAGAAGCGGGCUUUCCCCUGUGAAAAAUGCGAUUUCUCGUCCAACACGCAGAGGCCGUUCAAGAUCCACAUGAAGUGCCAUGAGCUAAACACCACGUGGGAAUCUCCGGCCCCAAGUGUCGUUCUCGCCAAUGCCGCCCCGAAUUCCGCGCCGGCGAAGCGCACCCAGGAUGGAACUCCAAUCGGCCGUCCACAGGUACCCAGCCUCGCCGCCACCGCCUCCCUCCGGGCCGCUAGGCUGAAGCUCCCCGUUUCCGCCGAGAACGGCCGCCAAUCCCCGUUGUCCGGCGAGCAAAAGCCAUCGCCACUCGUCAACAAAAAUAUGACGUUGAAGACGGCCCUGAAAACCACGCCGCUGUCGUCGAUUUCGAGGAUCAUCAGCAAGUCAAAUAAUGCGAUCAACCGGCCGUCAACGUCGAACGGUGCGAUGCACCACCUCUUGUUCUCCAGCAUCCACCAGCGCGGCACCCCCGUCGGAGCCGCACUCAAAUCUCAUCUGGGCCUCAGCAAAGACCGCUCCUCCCUCCUCCAAACUCUUGAUCAAAAGGAGGUCAACGAGCCGGAAAAGCUGCAAAAACCAUGCCCGAAAAAGCGGUUCCGUUGCACGGAAUGCCCAUAUCGAACCCAUUCUACGGAUCACCUCGAAAACCAUCGGCGGGCCCACGACAGGACGGAUGGGAUCAAGUGUGACUAUUGUAGCUACAGAGGCAACACGGGCGUGAUUCAUCGUCACCACAUGCUCCACACAAACCAGUGGCUCGUCGAAUUUGCGAGGCAACGAAAAGCCGACGAGCCGCCAGAGGAGCCCCAGCCCGACCAUCCGGCCCUGAAAUUGCCCCGCUCGGCUAUUAGCACGUCUAAUGGAUUUCUCAUCUGCCCAUUUUGCGACUUUGCCACCCGGUUCCCGAACCAACUCAUCUCGCACAAACGCCUGUAUCACGGAUCAAAGUUCAACUCGAAAGAGUUCUUCUGCACCGACUGCGGCAUGGGCUACAAGUACUACGGCCAGUUGAGCGCCCACUGGAAGCUGCGCCACCAAAAGCGCACUCCCCGGCACCGCGUCCAGUUUUAUUUGAAUGAGAUUUUGCGGAAAAGGGAUGAUUCGAAUGGGGUAGAGGAAACGACCGAAAUCAAGAAAGAGAUCAAGCAGGAGGUGGCCGACGCGAAUCUGAUGCAUAGCGAUUCGAACAGCUCGGAUAACAUCAAGCCCGAGAAAAAGGAACAAUUCAACGAUAGCCAGAUCAAGAUUGACCUCGAUGAGUCGCUGGCCCUGUCGCUGGAGGGAAGCCAAUCGGGCUCGAGCAGUCCACUGUUCCACUGCCCGAAAUGCCCGUUUGUGGCCAGCAACAGGGGCCGAAUGCAGCGCCACGAGGACAAGCACGUCAUCAAGAGUGACCAUACAUGUACUCAUUGCUCGUACUCUUGCCGCAAUGAGCACCUGAUGCAGAGCCACAUCAAACUCCACACGCAGUCGUCGUCGAAGUCGAGCGAAUCUCCCGGUGCCAAUGAAUCUGAGAACUCGUCGGACGUUACAAAGGAUAUUCCCAACGAUAUUCGCUUUGUUGACAAAGACGGCGUCAAGAAGAACAAGUGCCCGCACUGUCCCUACACCACUAAGCAUCCAUGCGAUAUGAAGCCCCAUUUGACGAUGCACGGGGCGGAGAAGCGGAAAUUCGCCUGCAAAUACUGUACCUACUCCACAAAACGUUUCCGCUCCCUGCAAGUCCACAUGCGACUCCACGGAAAACGGAUCCGCGACCCGAUUGAGGAGAUGGGCCUCGCUAAGGAGCUUCAAAUCCGGCAUAAAACCUACGGAUUGAUCGGGACGCGAAAGUACGGCCUGAAGGCCCGGCGCUACUUCUGCGCGAGUUGCCCCUUCAACUCGGUGUAUUGCUAUCAGCUGUGGCAUCAUGCUAGGCGCCAUGUGCUGCAACGCCACCCCGACGCCAAGCAGUGCCCCGCCUGCAGCUACUCCACCAUUUUCCCGCAACGCCUUGCCGACCAUACUCGGCUACAUCCACAGCUGGCCAACGGCACCGCCGAGCCGUCCACCUUUGGAGCGACCGCCACGAAGCCGGGCGAGCACAAGUGCGACAUGUGCCCCUUCCAAACGGACACCUACUCCCGUCUCUGGGGCCACAAGCAAAAGCACGAGAAUAACGGGAAAUUUGUAUGCACGCAAUGCUCUUUCAGCACUGGCCGUGUCAAAGAUUUGGUCACCCAUCAGCGUCUCCAUGAAAAUAAUCGCGCUGGAUCGUCUGAUGGCUCAGAAAACCGGGAUUCCCAAAACGAAAUGGAAACCCUGGAAGAAUACAAGCCGAAAGUCGGAAAGCGCUCGAGUCCUCCGGGCGAAAAUUACGAUCUGGCUUCGGAUCCGCCGCCCACAAUUGAGAGAGAAGGAUCUCCAAGUGACCUGGGAGAUUCACCGCCACCUCGUGCUGGCUCUGGGUCUGAAGGAAAGGACGAGAAACCGGAAUGUUCAUCCCCUCCCGACCUUGGCAUGCCGUUCAACGAGCUGCCCGAUCCGGAAAUUGUUUUCAAGCGCAUGCGGGCUCUCCUGCCGCCUCACCUUCAAAUGGCCUUGGCUGGUUGCAAAUCUGAAUCGGCCAGCUCGGCCACCAGCACCGAGGCCAUGAUGAAAUGUGUGGACCCGAAUUGCCCGUAUGUCGAGGAGGAUCCCCUCUUCUACCGUAUCCACCUCGAGAUGCACGGCGGAAAGCGGAACUUCCAGUGCUCGAUUUGCACCUACAACACUCACUCGCCUGACGCUCUCUGCAAUCAUUUGGAUUUGCAUACGGAGGGAUAUGAUGCGUUGAAGAAAAUCUCAACGGCCUCAUCUCGUCGUAUGGCCCGAGAAGUGGAGCAGAUCGUCGAGGGCGGCGAGGUCUACUCGUGCGUCCAUUGCAACUACCGUACGAUGUGCCUCGAAAAAUACAAACUACACAGGGUGGAGCAUGCGCAGACGCAACAAAACCGACUGAAAUCGCUGAUCAAGCGCAGCACACAAAAUGAGGAGGAAUGGGUGAAGCCGCGGCUUCCCACGAAGAAGCGGGCUAACAAGGAGUACUUCUGCCGUCACUGCGGCUUCGAAUCCUCCUCCCUACUCACCUACGAGCGCCACGUCCAGAUGCACGGUGCCCCCGGCUAUUUCAAGUGUCGCCAUUGCGACUAUGCAUCAUCUACGGCGAUCGUCGUCGAUUUCCACGAGAUUCACCAUCAUAUGGACCAGCCGCUCACGCAGCUCAUGAAAAAGAAGGUGCUGCAAGGCGGGGAGAGCAGCCAGAUGUCCCCGGAAGAGCUGACAGCCACGCGUGUCCGAAUGACCGGCCAAGAAGUGCGGUGUGAUCGUUGUGACUGGACUGGAUUUGAGCGCGCCGCCCUGCUCGCCCAUUUCUCGGAGAACCACGUGCAAACUGAGGAGGACCGUGAACGAGCAACAGACAUGUAUCUCGGCCUCCACCCGAAGAAUACGAUUAGAACGAUUGCUUCUGCC